ACAUUUAUAUUUGAUACUCGUAUAUGCAGAUCCUUCAAAGAAAUCGUCUUCCACAUCCCUUAAGCGUGUUAGGCGCCUGUCCUAUGGCAAAUUCAAUGAUGAAGCUCUCCGACUAUCGAAAUAUGUUGUGUCUGUAAGGACAAGAAGUGCCAGCGUGUAUUUUGGGGACAAUCAUUUCUGCUCCGGGGUUAUCCUGACGCCAUUGUUUGCUUUGACCUCAGCACAUUGCCUGAUUGACGAUCGGAGGGUUGUGUACGACAGUCGAAAUCUGGUCGUUGUUGCCGGAUCUGUCAAUAGGUUUAAAUAUAUUCCAGGCAGGAGUUUUUUAGCUCCUGUAGACAAGAUAAUAUUGCCUGAUAACUUUACAAUUUACAAUAAGCAAAAAAUGGCACUACUAAAACUAACGAAGCCACUUCCGAGGUCUGAUAAACAUAUUUCUCUGGCUAAAUUACCCGUUAUACCUCCGAAAGCGGGUCUCAAAUGUCUUGUCGGGGGCUGGGGACAAAUGUUUGAUGGUGGACCGAGAACCGCGAAAUUGCUUUAUAUAGACGUGACCUUGAUAUCAGCCAAAGAGUGUGACAAACAGCUGAACGUCAAGGAAAUUGACUUCUUGUGCGCCAUAGACCCUGAUCCUUUUACGCACCAGAAUCCGUGUAUUGGGGACCUGGGAGCUCCUUUGAUGCACGACGAUGUGGUCUACGGGAUCGUGAGUCUUCUCAUGGGGUGCGGCAAAGGCGACUGGCCUUCUGUUUAUGUCGAUGUAUAUGCGAGUGUGAAAUGGAUCGAGGGAAAGAUAAUCAGCAACGGAGGUACCACAUUAUCUGUUCCCAUUAAAAUGGAAUUUUUUACAGGAAAUCAGUCCAUUCGAUUUUAUAAUAUCUUUGUAAUAAAAUAA